CCGCGGCCACCGACACCGCGGCCACCGACAGCGCGGCCACCGACAGCGCGGACACCGCGGCCACCGACACCGCGGCCACCGACACCGCGGCCACCGACAGCGCGGCCACCGACACCGCGGCCACCGACAGCGCGGACACCGCGGCCACCGACACCGCGGCCACCGACAGCGCGGCCACCGACAGCGCGGCUACCGACAGCGCGGCCACCGACGCCACCGACACCGCGGCCACCGACAGCGCGGCUACCGACAGCGCGGCCACCGACGCCACCGACAGCGCGGCCACCGACGCCACCGACAGCGCGGCCACCGACAGCGCGGCCACCGACAGCUCGGCCACCGACACCGCGGCCACCGACAGCGCGGCCACCGACAGCGCGGCCACCGACGCCACCGACAGCGCGGCCACCGACGCCACCGACAGCGCGGCCACCGACAGCGCGGCCACCGACACCGCGGCCACCGACACCGCGGCCACCGACAGCGCGGCCACCGACACCGCGGCCACCGACAGCGCGGCCACCGACACCGCGGCCACCGACAGCGCGGCCACCGACAGCGCGGCCACCGACACCGCGGCCACCGACACCGCGGCCACCGACAGCGCGGCCACCGACACCGCGGCCACCGACAGCGCGGCCACCGACACCGCGGCCACCGACAGCGCGGCCACCGACAGCGCGGCCACCGACAGCGCGGCUACCGACAGCGCGGCCACCGACGCCACCGACAGCGAGGCCACCACUGACGGCACAGACGCCACCACUGACGGCACCGACAGCGAGGCCACCACUGACGGCACAGACGCCACCACUGACGGCACAGACGCCACCACUGACGGCACCGACAGCGAGGCCACCACUGACGGCACAGACGCCACCACUGACGGCACCGACAGCGAGGCCACCACUGACGGCACAGACGCCACCACUGAUGGCACCGACAGCGAGGCCACCACUGACGGCACAGACCCCACAGGCACCAUGGAUGAAGUCUCAGUGACUGAAACAACUGCUGAAGUGGCAAUCCGAAGAUCAGGAGAGACAGCUGUGGCAGCAUCCGCAACUGCUGCAUCAGCCGCAGCAUCGUUGGCAAGCUCGGCUACGGCAGCAGCGGCUGCAGUUUCAGGAGGAUUCCCCCAAGCGGAA